CAGUGACGCUCCGACGCUCUGACUUGUCGAUUGGUUUUGUCAUACUCUGCGGUCUGCGUUUAAUUCAUAUCAAAUAUUUUACAAUUAACCAAAAGAAAAUCGGUGAAAAUGUCGACAUUGCCACAUAGCAAGAAGCGUGUCUGCUACUAUUAUGAUAGUGAUAUUGGAAAUUAUUAUUAUGGACAAGGACAUCCUAUGAAGCCACAUCGUAUAAGAAUGACACAUAAUUUACUUUUGAAUUAUGGUCUUUAUAGGAAGAUGGAAAUAUAUCGUCCACACAAAGCUACAGCAGAUGAAAUGACAAAAUUCCACAGUGAUGAUUAUAUUAGGUUUUUGAGAUCCAUAAGACCUGAUAAUAUGUCAGAAUAUAAUAAACAAAUGCAACGAUCUGGAGGUUCUGUAGCUGCUGCUGUGAAACUUAACAAACAGGCUUCAGAAAUUUGCAUAAAUUGGGGUGGUGGUUUACAUCAUGCCAAAAAAAGUGAAGCAUCUGGUUUUUGUUAUGUAAACGACAUUGUACUAGGAAUAUUAGAAUUGCUCAAAUAUCAUCAAAGAGUUUUAUAUAUUGAUAUUGAUGUUCAUCAUGGAGAUGGCGUAGAAGAAGCUUUUUAUACCACAGAUAGAGUGAUGACAGUUUCAUUCCAUAAAUAUGGUGAAUAUUUUCCUGGUACUGGCGAUCUACGCGAUAUUGGUGCAGGAAAGGGAAAAUAUUAUGCAGUCAACAUACCAUUAAGAGACGGUAUGGAUGAUGAAAGCUAUGAAUCAAUUUUCGUACCUAUUAUUUCAAAGGUAAUGGAAACUUUCCAGCCUUCUGCUGUAGUUCUACAAUGUGGUGCCGAUUCACUGACAGGGGAUCGAUUAGGCUGUUUCAAUUUAACAGUGAGGGGUCAUGGGAAAUGUGUCGAAUUUGUAAAAAAAUAUAAUCUACCUUUCUUAAUGGUUGGUGGUGGUGGAUAUACAAUUAGGAAUGUAUCUAGAUGUUGGACGUACGAAACUUCAGUAGCUCUUGGUUCUGAAAUUGCAAAUGAAUUACCUUAUAAUGAUUACUUUGAAUAUUUUGGUCCUGAUUUUAAAUUGCACAUUAGUCCUUCGAACAUGGCAAAUCAAAAUACUCCAGAAUAUCUUGAAAAAAUUAAGACUAGAUUAUUUGAAAAUUUAAGAAUGUUGCCUCAUGCACCGGGUGUACAAGUCCAACCAAUUCCAGAAGAUGGUGCAGUCAUUGAAGAUUCAGAAGCUGAGGAAAAAAUAAACCCAGACGAAAGGUUACCACAACGAGAUUUAGACAAAAGGAUACAACACGAAAAUGAAUAUAGCGAUAGUGAGGAUGAAGGAGAAGGGGGACGAAGAGAUAAUAGAUCAUUUAAGAAAACGAAAAAGAUGAAAAAACAAAUGUUACAAAUGAAGAAACGAAGAAAGAUGGUAGUGCGAAUCCCUGAUAAAUGGUAUUUGUUUUUGAAAAAAGAAAGUUCUUAUUUAAAUCAAGAAUAAAUCAGUAUAGGUAACUUAAGUCAAACAUGUAGUUAUAGAUGUCUAUUACCUCGAGUUUGAUACGCUAUGUUAAACAAUAUCUUUUUUAUUGUUUGAUUCAAAACUGUAUGAGUACUUCAAUAGAAAAAGGAAUCUAUUUAUAUAUGUACUGAUUAAAUUUGAGGUAAGAGACAUUAUCAUUUAUAUACAUGUUCAAGCAUACAAUUGAUAUGAUGAAAUCUCAGUAAUUUCAAUUGUUAUUUCAUUAAAUUUAUAAACGUUAGCCGAAAUUGUCAAAGUUAUAGAACAAUUAGUUUUUUGAAAUAUUUUAAAAAUUUUGCGAUAAACGGUAUCUUGAAUAAUCAGUCAAAUCUUAUGAUCUGAUUAAAGCCUUCAUAUUCAUUUAGAAUCAAUAAAUGUAACUAGUCAAAUAAGACAAAUAGAUAUCUUAAAUGUACAAAGAAAAUUAAAUUUUUUAUAAGAGUUGAAAUUUUCACUAAGAUCAGAAGAUAUAGGCAGCUUAUCAAGAUAUCUAAUUUUUGUAAGUGACACAUUUUGAUGAAUCGUGCAAAAAUAUAUAAAUAUUCAUAUUAUGUUUUGGAUGAGUGUGGUUUUUUAUCUGCUUAUCCAUUACUCAUAGCGUAAUCUUAAUUAAAUCAUUUAAUAAGUGUGAUUUUUAUAAUUGAAAGGAAAUGAGAUUGUACAACGGGCUAGAUAAUUAUGAAUUAACACAUCUUUUUACUUCCUAUUCUUGUACAUAACUUAAAAUCAGAUUUAAAUAAUGUCCUACAUGCAAUACUACGUAAUAAUGACAUAACGGUAUUACUUUUGAUGUAUAAAAUAUCUUAUUUUAUAUGUGAAAAAUUGAAUGGUCAGUGAAACAGAAAGUAUGAAAGAAAUAGAACAGUCAAUGAACAGAUUGAAUUCGAACAUAAUGUAGAAUUUAAUCAUAAGUUAAAUAUAAAUAAUAUUAAAAAUUGAACGUUUGUAACUAAGUCGACUUUUAUCUAUAAAUUGGGGCUAUAAAAAUACUCUCAUUCAAAAGAAGAAUUUCGUAACAUAUAAAAGCUAUUCAACCAUUUCAAAGCUUUUAACCAUUUUAUUUUCAUACUUGCACGAGAGUAUAAAUGUAUUAAUUUUUUUAAUACAAAAAAUAACAUUUUUUGCAACUCGAAAAUAUUCGUAAAAACGAAUUAGGUUCGACUACUUGCACGAUGCCAGAUAAAUAAUUAAAGAAAAUAUGUCGAUUUAUCUAGUUGUAAUUAAGCAUACCUUUAUUGUAAUUAAACACUUACCCUUAUUGUAAUUAAGUACCCACAACAUAAGGAUAAAUUCGAUAUAAUAUUUGCGUACAUUUGAGUCGAUUUGAGAUAGGUAUGAUAAGUAUAUAUGUAUAAAAGUAUAUGCUGUAUACUAUACCGAAGUAUGAAUAAUACGAAUGUUUUUAAAUAUUUAUAAUAAAAAAUAAAGAAAUCUAUUAUAUUGAUGAAUUUACUUUUUCGU